UUGACGUGACUGUUAUUCGCACAAGGCCAAAACGGGACAGACGAGACGAGACGACAUAAUUUUACACAUUGCAUCGUAACGUAACUAUAGCACACCUAUGUACUUUGUUUUCAUGUGAUCUUAUUAAUUCGAAAUAAAAUGUGGAGGCCGACAUUUACAAUAUUACAGAAAGUGGUCUUGCCUUCACUUAGAGAGAAUGUAAAUGUGUCGAAAAUUUUUUUGUCCACUAAAAGCCGGCUUCCUAAAUCGACAUCGAAGUUAACCCUCGUGAGUGCGAGUAUUGGUGUCCUUCUUGGCGCGGGAUAUGGGGGCUACACGCACUAUAAAGUGAAUGUUAAAAAGACUUUCGUACCAGGCGAGACUGAGGAGUACGCAUUUCUCAAGGAAGCACCUGAGUAUGAAUCUCAUUACAGAAUAGUGAACGAUGCGGAUACGAGUAACCUGCAGCUCACCCUGUUCCAAUACCAGACAUGUCCGUUCUGCUGCAAGGUUCGCGCGUUCCUGGACUCGCGCGGCAUCAGCUACGAGAUCGUCGAGGUGGACGCGGUGCUGCGACAAGCCAUCAAGUGGUCAGGAUAUAAGAAAGUGCCUAUAGUGCUCGCUAAGGUCGAUGGCGGAUACCAGCAACUAUUGGACAGCACAGCCAUUAUAUCCGUCCUUGAAACGUACUUAAAAGACAAGUCGACCGAAUUACGGGAGAUCAUUAAAUUCUACCCGGUCACGAAGUUCGUCAAUGAUUCAGGGAAAGAUACCACCGACAUCGCCAACAAAUACUUCAUUAUGCACCAGGCUAACGUAGAUGAAAGAGAGAAGACUCGCGAAACUGAAGAGCGUCAGUGGCGUCAGUGGGCGGACCGUGUGCUAGUGAAUACAUUGUCUCCGAAUGUGUACCGCACGGCGGGCGAGGCGAUCGAGACCUUCCAGUGGUUCGAGCAGGCCGGCGGCUGGAGACAGCUGUUCCCGGCCUGGGAGUGCGCCCUCAUGGUCUACAUCGGCGCCGCCGCCAUGUUCAUGAUAUCCAAAAGGCUGAAGACCAGGCACAAGAUCAAAGACGACCCUCGCGAGUCCCUCUACGAUGCUGCCAACGAGUGGAUGGCCGCUGUCCAGAGGAAGGGUACUCCGUUCCUAGGCGGCGACCAGCCCAACCUUGCCGAUGUUUCGGUCUACGGAGUUCUUAGCAGCAUCGAAGGCUGCUCAGCCUUCCAGGACCUAAAGACAAACACGCCCAUCGGAAAAUGGUACUACGACACUAAGAACGCUAUACAAAGGAGAAAGGGUAAACCGAUCGCCCGCGUCGCGCAUGCUUGAACAUUGACAAUUCAUUCGUGUCUUGGUGUUGAUACGUAACUUCGUCGUAUUUUUCGUUGGAAACAAACCUCUUUGCAUUUCGAACUGUCAGACUUAGCCCAGCAAUAUUAGACUCUAUGUGUAGUUAGUAAUGUUAUUUGAGAUUAUUGGAGCUUCCCGCGAUGAGGGCAGGGUGAUAAAGGACCCAGUUUUAUUCAUGUAUUUUAUACGUAGAAGUUCUAGCGCCUGAUUACCGUGUAUGGUACGGGAACACGCAUUAUCAAGAAGUUCAAUUUCUAAGAUUUUAUGACACAUUAAAACCGUAGAAAUUAGAUUUAUCUUUUAGCCACAUAAUGCUUAUCGGUUUCGUUGAUAUUUGCGAAUGUUAUAAAUGUUUAAUUAAUUUAAAGACUUGUUUAUGAUGUGUGUGCCGAUAAAUUUUGUGCGAUCCGUAAUUCUCAUGACAUUGACUAGGAUUACUAGAUAUUUUGCAGACACGCAUUAUAUUACGUAACAUAUACAUAAUGUUCGCGAUGAUUGAUAACAAAUACGUAGUUUUCAACGAUUCGUAUUUAGAUACCUAGUGGCAAUGAUUUAGUUCCUAAUACUUGUAAUGCAUCUUUUAUUUAGUUUUAAUGAUAUGCCAAGACUGCUCGCUCUGUCAGGACGUGUUUAACGAGGUUUGCAAUAACUCAACUCAACCCCUUUUAUAACGAAAUAAAUUAAUGUAAAAUUCACCAUUAUUUUUGUAUAUCAGCGAUUAUUUAUUAUUGUUUAUGCUAUUGCUUUUUUUAUGCCCAAAUACUUAGCUGAAUAACUUAUAGAUAUGAAUUUAUUAACCAAGAAGUUAAACGCCAUACUAGUGUAAACAUGAGUAUAAAACAUUAAUUUAUCUAGUAAGUAGGUCACCGCUUCAGCGUUUUCCUCAUUGUUAUAAAUAAACAAAGUCCUCCAUGACCUUGCCCGUUCCGCGACGAUUCCGAACCGAUAUAAAGUGCUAUAGUACACUCGCAUACAUUCAUAUCGCGAGCACCCGUGUGCUUGCAUAACUCCACGCAAAACAUCAACUUGACAUUAAGAGUGUUCCUUUAUUUACGUUAUGAAAUUGAAUGAGUAUUUACAUACUUCGAUUCACAGACAGGCGAAUGAAUUAAUUUAAUGACUGCCUGUCACAAAAAUUCGCUCUCGAUAUCUUUAUUGCAUGUCAUUAAAAUUGUAUGUUUACAUAUCCUGUUUAUUUAUUGAUUUUAUUAUAAAUUGAUAUUUGUUUUGAUGAGUAUGUUAUGAGAAGGUAAAGGAAUAAGUCGCAAAUAAAGCCUAAUUAGCUAUCAGCACCAUUACACGUGACGUAGACAGUUAGUUUUAUCUGUUUUAAAUAAGCCUUUUAGAAGAGUACAGAGCAAUAUGUUAACAUGUGAUUUAUUAUUUAGUUAAAGUUGUUAUUAAAUACAUGACUAUUUA